CUAAAAAUAAAACAAGGGGAUUCCGAUGCCUCUGUGAGAAGGCAUGAACACGGAAGUAAACGAAGGGGCCACGGUUGGAAUAGACACAUAGCACCUGUUGCCAGCCAUGAACCAGGACACCAGCUCUGGGGCCAUGCCGGACGACGGGUGGCCAGGCCAGUUGCUUCACCAGGCGGCACUGUUUGACAAUGUUGGUUUGUUGAGAUCGUUGUUAGAGGGUGAUGAGCUCAGCAACAUCGAUGUCUGUGACCGCAUGGGCCGCAGCGUUGUCUACACUUCCGUCAGCAACAACAGCCUCAAGUGCCUCAAACUCCUGCUGUCAAAUGGAGCCAACCCCAACAUAGCUGCUGGUGAGAGGUACAACAGAAUGUCCCCACUGCACAGUGCCAUCUGUGACAACAAGGAAGAUGCAGUUCGGAUUUUACUGAUAAAUAAUGCUGACCUUGAACUUGUGGACAUGUCUGGAUUGACCCCCGUGGAAGUGGCCAGGAGCGUAAAUAACCGAAUCCUCAUCUCCCUCAUCGAGGCUGAAGUUGAACGCCGGAAGAUUAGAAUGUACAAGAUCUUCAAAACCUUCUCAGAGUUGUGUGCUAAUGGGGAGACAGAGAAGGUCCGCGAUCUGCUGUCCAACAACUGGACAGACCUGCGCAGGAUCCUCGGCUGUGUCCCUAAAGGUGGAUUCCCAGCCCUUUCCAGUGCUGUGAAGUCUGGCAGCUUUGAUUUGGUUGAGCUUUUGCUGGAGCUUGGAGCGAAGCCCAUUCCCCACACAGAGAAUGGACUCACCCCGCUCCAUCUGGCUUGUGAGACAGGGACAGUAGAGGUUGUCUCCAUUCUUAUGAAGAAGUUCACCGACCUCUGUAUCAUGCGAACCGUGGACCACCAGCUGCCAUUCCACCGGGCUGCGGCCUGUGGACGCACAGACAUCCUGCAAUAUCUCCUGGCGUUCCCGUACUCUGAUAACUUUCUCCACUCGUACGUUGACAAGCGCUCUGGCCGCUACUACUACUCCAGCAUCGACGUUAACCCCAUCGACUCCACCGGCAUGACGCCGCUGCACCUGGCUACAGAGACGGGAUCUCUGGAGGCGGUGAAGCUUCUCCUGGACCAUACGGCCAAGCUGGAAGAUGACGAUGAGCCUCUUGAGUCUGCUGCUCAGACGGUCUAUGCCCGGAUGACCAGCACGACCUCGGAAGGUCACUCUCUAGACAAGGAGGUAGACCCAUACAGGAUCCACCCAGUUGACAGGGACAUCAAGUCAAACGAAGGCCUGACGGCACUGCAUUACUCUAUAAAGAACCACCACCCAGACAUCGCACAGGUGCUGGUGAAGGGAGGGACAGAUCUGAGCACUAUGGUAAUGGUGGAUGAGUCUCCGUUGUCGUACCUAGCGUACACAUUAGUGCGAGGGGAUCCUGAGGUGUUUGAGCUGCUGCUGAGACAUGGAGCAGAAGACAUGGACAACAUCUCCAUGAAGCGAGCGCAGGAGACGAACAACAAGGAGAUCAUCCAGUUGCUGCUGCAGCACAAGACAUCUAAGGAUCACAUCCACACCAUUAACAGGACUGAAAUGAAACUGGCAUAUGCCGAGGCCCAUAGCAGCCUUAAGAGUUACCCUGACCGGACAAGUCUGCCUGAUGAGUACAGGAGAGUGUUUCCAUCCUGCCCUGUGUCAGUGAACUGGCACAGGCAACAGCUGGAUAGCAUAGACAAGCAGUGCCUCAUCAGAGCAAGUUUCGUACACAACUUAGCAAUGAGACCGAUCGAUAAUAAUUUAACAGCGCUCUAUGCAAUAACAAAGAUUGAUAUUUCACAUAACUAUUUCACAGAGCUACCCAAAAUCAUGUUUGAGUUGCCUUCUCUCCAAGUAUUGAAUGCUGCUGAAAAUCGGAUCAAAAGGUUCCCACUGGAAAAGGACUUGGAGCGAGCGGUGGAGUGUCUCCAGAUCGAGGAGCUCCACCUACAGGUCAACAGUCUGGAGAUGCUACCCAACUAUCUGUUCCGUCUGCCAGCCCUCAAGUACUUCAACGUGUCCAGGAACUGUCUGAAGAGAGUUCCGAUUGACAUGUGGACAGCUCCCACUCUCAACCACUUCAACCUGGCUCAGAAUGACCUGACUCAACUCCCCCACUGGGAGAUUGGUGAGCCCAAUCUGAGCAGACGGUCAACUAUUGCUUCUUUAGCAUCAUCGUCAAAUUCAGACCAUGGAGAUUUUGAGAAUGACAGUGGAUGUGGUUUCUUAAAUGAGGGCCCGUAUCAGGAGCCACAUGAAAACACUGUCCACCAUUAUGAUUGGUGGAGGCAGAGACUAACAGUCAGUGAUCUCGAUAGGCAUAAAAUGAAUGAUAAUCAGACAGGUAUUCGCCACUUAAAUAUCGCAGGAAAUAAGUUCAUUGAGGUGCCUCCAUGUCUGGCGUGUUGUGCCCCUUACCUGGAGGUUCUCAACAUGACAGACAAUCGGCUGGACACUGUCGGACCUUUAGGUCAUUUGCCCCAAAGUCUCAUUGAACUGAAUCUGUGCCGAACUGGACUUGAAUCACUGUUUCCAUGGAUACAGAAUGCUCUUCAAGACCAGCAUUGUUUCGGAUUAAGCAAAAGCGCUAGCUCCCCGACGCAGUUCCGAAUGUCCCCUCGAAGUCACUCCCCCUCGAUCUCCUCCGUCAGUAGCUUCUCCCCGCUCCAGGCCGCCGCCGCCAUCAACUGUCCCCACUGUUGUCACGUGCAGCUCCCUCUCCUGGAGAAACUCAACCUGUCUCACAACAAACUGCGAGGCGUUGUCCUCACAAAGAUGGCGCGGACCAUAUCUGCCACGAGCAUGGAUGUCACAGCAGCCAACUUCAGCAUGGAGUCGGACGAGAUCCAGAGCCGCUUGCUGUUCCCCAACAUGAGCGAGUUGGACGUCAGUUACAACAACCUGACUUGUCUUCCUCCAGACAUUGGAGAACUCACAAACCUCAAAGUUCUCUCCCUUAGUCGCAAUCCACUCAAAGAGCUGCCACCAAAGUUAGGUCUGCUGAAGAAGUUGUGGAAGCUGGAGCUGGAGUUGUGUCCCCUGGAUGGGGUGAUCCAGGACAUGAUCAAGUCCUCCCGCUACCCCACCAAGGACAUCCUCGGCUUCCUCCUCUCCGUCCUGGAAGAGUCCACGGAGUACAACUGCAUGAACCUGAUGAUCGUCGGCUCCCAUGAGAUCGGGAAGACGUCACUGCUACAGCGCAUCAACAAGGAGGGCAAGAUGCCCAGCUUAGCCACACACUGGAAGGAUCGGGUGAGCAAUACGCAGGAAGUGCCACGUCCUCGAGGUCAGACCUUGUCCACAGUCGGCAUAGACAUCAGCCAAUUGGUCAUUGACCGGAGGUCAAAAGGUGCAGUGCAUUUUCGUACCUGGGAUUUUGGUGGCCAGCGCGAGUACUACGCCACCCACCAGUACUUCCUGUCCCCGAGAUCUCUGUACCUCGUCCUGUGGAACCUCACACACGGACCUAAAGGUGUGGAGAGUUUGCUACAGUGGCUCGUUAAUAUCCAGGCACGUGCCCCUGGAGCCCCGGUGAUCAUCAUUGGCACCCACCUGGACAAGUUAGAGGACCGUGCCACCAGGCGGAGCUACCCGGAGGACUUCGAGGAAGCCAUGAUGGGGCUGGUGCACAAGAACUUCAUCCUUGUCAAGGAGCCAGAGAAGUGCGGGCUUCCCAACAUCCUAGACGCCAUCAAUGUCAGCUGCAAGUCGGGCAAGCAUGUGUCCAAGCUUGUGGACAUGAUCUACGACCAUGCCUUCGACCUCAAACAUCCCCGUUCUCGCACCCAGAAGCUGCUGAAGCAGAAGAUCCCCAAGAAGUACCUGCUGCUGCAGAACGUGGUGAUGGAGCUGGCACAGGAGCGUGUCCAUGACAACAAGGAGCCCGUCCUGUCCAAGUCCAAGUACAUGCUGUGUGUGUCCAACAAGAUGAUGGAGACUGGCACGACCUUCAGGGAUGUGGAGGAGCUGGAACAGGCAACCAGAUUCCUGCAUGAGAACGGCGUUCUGUUCCACUACGAGGACCUCUCUCUGAAGGAUCUCUACUUCCUUGAUCCUCAAUGGCUCUGUGACCAGCUGGCAAAGGUUGUCACCAUCAAGGAGAUUAACCGAUUUGCAUCCAGAGGCAUCAUGAAGAUCAAGAAUCUAGAGCUGUUGUUCAAGAACUCCCUACAGCCAAUGGACAUCCAGAGAGACAUCACAAGCUUGCUGAACAAGUUUGAAGUGGCUCUCCAGUUCGAUGAUGAGACCCUUCUGUUGCCGUCCCUGCUGCCGACAGAAGAAGACCUGCAAGUCAGUGUGGAGAAGAAGUGUGACGUCCGGAUUCCUCUGAGGAGACCUCAGGAUGAAAACACUCAGGUCAAGAGAAGGUCAAGGCCCCUCACAACUGACGUGGUGUAUGUGAGACCAGAUAGUGUGAAGACACUCACUGUGGGAAAAUCUACCUUUUAUUCUGGUCCCCAGCAGUUUGACGAGUCGUCGAGUCGCCCUGACUCACGUGAUCUUUUGCUCCUUGGAGUCAAGGCCACAAGUAACCCCAUCUUUUCCUUCUGUCGUCUUUAUUUCAUGACCUACUUCCCGAGCGGGUUCUGGCCGAGACUCAUCACACGGGUACUCGCGGACUCCUCGUUGUACCACUUUGCCAUGAGUCUGUUCAAGCUCCCGGAGGAGUUGAUGCAGCGCAGCCCAGGAAUGAAGACCCUGUUCGACACAGAGCCAGAGUGGCGAUGUUGGCAGACAGGUCUAAUCCUCAACCACCUGGGAUUUGAGAUGCUCCGGAUCCGUGAGGUCCUCUCUGACUCCACAAUGGGCUUCUGUGACUAUAUGCAAUGUAGGCUCAAGUGCAAUGUGGAGUCAGAGUGGGCCUUUCUUGAUGUGAUGAACAGCAAGAUUCUGGAGAUUUCCUUACCAACAGACAGCCUUACCUUCCAUCUCACUAACAAGGCCGGGCCCCAGAUACAGACUCUUGACCCCACGAACAGGACCACUCUAUUCAGGGAUGACUCUGCAGCAGCCAAGCUCCUGGGCAAGCUCAUUGAGCACAUUGACAACCUCCUCCAGGACUGGUACCCCGAGAUCGGUGAGGUGAGGUUCACCCAGAACUGUGAGGGGCGGUACCUCAUCACUCGGAUAGUGCUCUGUCCCCAGUGCCUCUACUCAGAAGUUCAAAGGCAGCGUAAAAUGCAUUCUGAGCUGGACAGUGAUGCAUGGUUCUGGAUGAACCCUGAGGUGCCAAACCAGUGUUCGUCCAUUUUCAUCAGCCAGGGGGAGCCAUCGGUGGCGGAAGAGGACGCAGAGAAUGAGGAUGAGGACGGGGAGGAGUCGGCGUCACAUGGUGGUGGACAAGCAGAAGACAGGUCAAGACUUCAAACAGGACAGGCAAUCAUAUUUGACCGAGCACAACGGCGCCAGGAGACGGAAGCCAUUAUCUACAGCCACCUGGUGGAGCGUUGCAUGCUGGACAUGAUGGAGGGUGUGAACAUCUGCUGCCCCGUCCACGCCAGCGUGUCCCCCGCCCACCUACUCGGCGACCAAGGACAGAGCUACACCUUCUUCGUCGCACCGGACUUGGCUUUCCGCGAUGUAGACAGGGAACUCCUGAUCACAGAGACGGAUAGACUGGACAUCGGACGGGAACUUGGCAAAGGCACCUUUGGGAAGGUAUUUGCUGGGAACCUGUUCAGGAAGGGAGAGGAGCCCGUCAUACCAGUGGCAGUGAAGGUUCUGUUCAGUGGGACUCGAGAGGAAGCCAAACAGAAGCGGCAGAGUAUCGAGAGUCGGAUGGACCGGGCCUGCCAGGCGUACCUCACGGCCAGACAGGAGAUAUCAAUCCUUGAGAGUAUCUCACACCCAAACAUCGUCCCCAUGCUGGGCCUAGCCACCCGGCCAUUGUCCCUCAUCCUUAGUCUGGCUCCCCAUGGCUCCCUCGACUCGUCUCUCAAGAUGCUGGACGAGACGGGACGCAGACUUCCCCUGUUUGUUAUCAGGCAGAUCAUAGUGCAGGUGGCUCAAGCUCUGGCUUACCUCCAUGACCGCAACAUCAUCUACCGUGACCUCAAGUCGGAGAACAUUCUGGUGUGGUCACUGCCGCUGUCACCAGAGGCCAGCACUGCAGCACCCGUUGAUGUGAAGUUGGCAGACUACGGGAUCAGUCGCAGCGUCAUGCCCACAGGUGCUAAAGGCUUUGGAGGAACACCACCCUUCAUAGCGCCGGAAAUACUGCAGCAUGCUGGGAAGGAUACCUACACAGAGAAGGUGGACAUUUUCUCGUUUGGGAUGUGUAUGUACGAGCUGAUCACAUGUCGCCAGCCGUUCUGCGACGUGAACAACCCAAGCACGCUGGUGUGUCAGGGUAGUCGGCCCACCAUCACAUCACAGGAAGUGAACCUGUACCCGACCUGUAUCCUUGACCUUAUGUCUGUGAGCUGGUCUCAAGACCCCGAGGAACGUCCCUCCGCAGCAAGUAUUGUGACCAUCGCCCGCUCUCCCCUGUUCUGCCACCUCCGUGACGUUGUCUCUCUUGGCCAGGAGACCAAGAUCCUAUGUGGGUGCUCGGUACCUGCCAGGGAGGCCCACGACUUCACCCUGAGUGCCUCAUCUCCUGGCUCCCCUGGCAUCGACCCCGAGCUGCUGUCAGAUUGCUCACAGUCGGAGCCCGAGACACGUGCUCAGAUCUGGCUCAGUGUGUGUCUCGGCCCGCGAUACUACAUUGACAUCCUGUCAUAUGACCGCUGGAGCCAUUGUGUUGAUAGCAAGACUAUCCAACUGCCAGGAGCAGAAGUGACGGCCAUGUCUGUCAUCAACAGCUACGUGUGGUGUGUGGAUGCAAUUGGGAAAGUCAUGGUGUUCAGCUCGGAGAGUCAGCAGCUUGUUCACUCCUUCAAGCUGCCAGUGAUGAUGGUUCCCCAGGUGCAUGGCCUCUACUACGUCCCCACUGAACCGGCCAUCAUUGUCACGCUGAAGAAUGGCAACAUAUUUGUGAGGAGCCAGCCCCAGCCUGGCCCACUGUCUGAUUCCCACAUGGACCUGUACCAGACAGCCAAGAGCUACAGUUCCUGCUGCAUCAAGAUGAGGGACAGGUACGAGAUAUGGCUGGGUCAGGACGGCGGCAAGGUCGACGUGUGGGAUGUACAUGAACACCGGGUCUUGGAGACGCUGAGUCACCCGGAACCCAUGGCCACCAACAAGUGCUGCAAGUUCCUGGUGGCGGCCAAGAUCCCAGGGUCUGAGGACACACUUGUGUGGUCGUAUGUCUACCCGGGUGUGCUGGUGUAUCGCUGGGACGUGAAGACGCGGGCGGUUGUCGAGACACUGGACUGUUCCAGGGUAGCGCCAUCUACUGAGUCCCCCAACAGGAGCUCAGGCCAGAAUUCUUCCAACAAGUAUCAGGUGACCGCCAUGAAUGUCCUCGGGAGCUAUCUGUACCUGGGUACAACAUGGGGCAAUGUCAUCGUUGCCGACUCCGCCACGCUCAAACCCCUCAGUAUGUUCAAGUGCCACUGUGCGAAGGAGUUUUAUAUCAGAAGCAUCUUUCCCUUACUGUCUGAAGAAGGAGCUGUUCAGUCAGAUGACUCUUUCUGUAGUCCCGGCAUUGUCACUCUUGGAAGAGGAUAUAUCGAUAUCAUCAAAGAAUCAAAAGCACCAUCUCCUAAAUCUCUUGCGGAGAGCGAUCCCCCUGACCUUGAGAGUAGACCUAGAACUACGACCUUGACGCAGGACUUGAUGUCGCGAGACCCAACCCUCCACCACAACUUUGUUCUGUCAUGGUGGGCCCGGGGUUGGGAGCUGUUCUGAAGACAAGGGAGCUUACUCUUGGCAGUCUUUGACCUAGAGGUGUUAGUGGGACAAGACAGGAGCAUCAGGGUGUAAACAGUGAAUGACGGCAUGUUACUGUCCCCCCAAGACUGUGCAAUGGACACACAAAUCUACACUGUUUUCUGUGUCGUUUGAAUGAAACGGUGCCAGGUCUCGUCUAAAUGACCUACUUACACAUUCUUCUACAAUUUGAUGGAAUAACAAUUCUCAAGAUCAAAUGUCAUCACACAAAAUUGCUGACUCAGUUAAUUCUCAUGAUCAAAGGUUGACACACAAGAUCAAUGGUUGACACACAAGAUCAAUGGUUGACCACAUGGAAGGGAUUUUACCAGCAUAGAACCCAUGUUAAUCCACGCUUAAUAAUUAUGUAGAAGACCUGAGAUGUUUUCCAUACCAGGGCCCUGUCUUAAAUGUGAUCUGAGAGCUUCCCAGUCCAUACCCCUAUACUUACCAGUGCAUGGACUUGUCUUUGGGACCUGGACAAUGAGUUUUACAUGAAAGUUCUUUAUGAACUAUAAAGCUAUUUAUACAUGAUCUAUUAAUUUACCUCUACCCGUGCAAUAAGUGUUGUUAUUUCAUAAUGGAACUGUUACAUCACUGUUAUUCCGUAUAUUGUACACAUGUAUAUGUAUGUAUACUAGCAGCCCUAGACUACAGGCUACCUUCAACUUACUGUUUAGUUACUGCAUCAUUUUAUUUAUAUCAUUUUGACAUGCAUUUAACGCAAAUUGUUUGUAUAUGAUCAGUUGAAGUGCUACAGUUUUGUUUAUUUAUUGCUGAUUUUGCUUCCAGUGUACAGAAACUAUCAACAGAUUCACUCCUAAUUUAAAAUAUUGGCCUUAUUAAAUAUUUUAAAGUGUUCAUUUGCAGAAGUGAUUUAUGUACAUAAUUCUGAGUUAUUUAAUGUGUUAAGUAACCGCUUGUUGAUUAUUCAUUCCAUACAUCUUGUGGUGCAGCUAUUCCAUGUAAUAUUGGUACAAAGACAUUGUGUACAUUCUCUGUGUUAGUGUUCAAGUUCAUGCUAAUGUUGUAACUGUGGACUCUUGUGAACAAUUAUUAUGUACAUCCUAAGCCUUCUUAGGCCUAGACUUUUUUUGUUUGGUUUAUGGAUUUAUUUCCUCAAAAUGUUAAAUAGGUAGGAGUAGGAAUUUGUCAUAAUUUGUAGUGUUUUGAAUUUUUUAACAUAAAUUUUCAACAGGUUUUAAUUUUAGUAUUUUAAAUAAUUUACUUAUAUUGAUAGCAACAGUAAAUGAGUUUUGAAAAAAAUCUUUUUAAUUAUUUCUUGUCAGCGGAGAAAAAACCACUGCUUUUCAUUUAUUUUUUUCACAUUUCAACUUUUGGGAGUUGGCCAAUUUGUAAACCAAAUACAUGUACAUAAAAGUCUGACCUUGAAAGUCAGUACAUAUACAUGUUACUGUAAAAAUACUGAACAUCGCGCAUGUAAUUGCCAUUUAUUUUUCCCAAAUAAACGAUUGACCCAAACAACUUCAUACCCCAAAAAUAUAUAAAAUACCAAUAAUUAAUUUUGUUCAACUGACCCAAGCUGUUCGGUUAAAAUCCAUGAAACAUUAAAUAAGAAAAAGUGUGGCCUAAUGCAGCUGUUUAAGUUAUAAUUGACAUUUUUUCGAAUCAGUGUAAAGAUCUGUGGUUGACUACGAAAGUAUCAACGUGAAAGCAGAAGCGGAAUAGGAUUUCUACAAGUACCAAUAAUCUGUGUGGGAGCACAGACCAUGUGUAAAUAGUUUAACAAACAUUGUGAAAAUUAUCAUGUGAAGGAAGGAGUCCCGCAAUGUCAGCGGACUCAAUAGUUUCUCACAUUGUAUACACCAAAUGCUUUGAGAAUUAAACACUGUCUGGUUGACCCUCAA